GUUGCCAUGAACAUCCUCAACAGUGGAAGAUUCAGCAUGGGCAGUGCUUCUGCUGGAAUGAUUAAAAAACUGAUAGAAAUGACUGCAGAGUAUGCGUGUACCCGGAAGCAGUUCAAUAAGAAACUCAGCGACUUUGGAUUAAUUCAGGAGAAGUUUUGUUUCAUGGCUGUGAAAGCGUAUGUGAUGGAGAGCAUGGCUUACCUCACUGCAGGGAUGAUGGACAGGCCAGGCCUUCCAGACUGCUCCGUGGAGGCAGCCAUGGUCAAGGUGUUCAGUUCGGAAGGUGCGUGGGCCUGCGUGAGUGAAGCCCUGCAGAUUCUUGGAGGCCUUGGCUACAUGAAGGAUUACCCCUACGAGCGCUACCUCCGAGACACCAGGAUCCUUCUCAUCUUUGAGGGAACAAAUGAAAUCCUGCGAAUGUACAUUGCUUUGACGGGCAUGCAGCAUGCAGGCAAAAUCCUAGCUGACAAAAUUAAAGAAAUCAGGAAAGGAAACGUGGGAGUGGCACUGGGAGAGUUUCUAAACAGAUUACGGGACACCAUGGGCAGAAAAGUGGAUUAUGGGCUCAUUGGUGAUCAUGGAGUGGUGCAUCCCAGCCUCCAGGAAAGUGGCAAGAAACUCGAAGAAAAUAUUUAUUAUUUUGGAACUACAGUGAGAGGCCUGCUAAGUAGGUUUGGGAAGACAAUAGUGGAUGAGCAGUUGGUCCUGAAGAGAGUAGCAGAUAUAGUUAUUAACUUAUAUGCGAUGACAGCGACCAUCUCCAGAGCCAGCAGGUCCAUCAGCAUUGGGCUGAGGAACCACGACCACGAGGUGAGGCUGCUUUAAUACCAGCCGUAGC